CCUUGCUGGGGGCCGUAAAGCGCGGAAGGUCGCGGUCCCGGGCUUCCCCGGAACUUUUUACUCCCUCCGCCCCGCCCCCUUCGCUGCCUCCUCGGCCCCGGUUCUGGCGCCGGGACCGCUCCCGGCAACUGCUGUGGCUGCUGCCCCGCUGCCGCCGGGGCUUGUGCUGCGGCCCGCGGAGCCCGCCGGGGCCCGUGAGUGUGAAUGCCGGGGAUCUCCCUAGGCGGGUGAGAGCACGUCUCCCAGGCCGCCGACGGACGUGAUGUUCCACCAGUUGCUGUCGGUGGUCCGAAGACAAAGGACCGGCCGAGGAUGGCAGAACUGGUCGUCGGGGAGAAGCGGCGCGUCUGCUGCCGAGGCGCAUUCUGUCGCCCUGCCUGCCCAGGCGCAGGUCGUCAUCUGCGGCGGGGGAAUCAUGGGCACAUCCGUGGCCUAUCACCUCUCCAAGAUGGGGUGGAAGGAUAUUGUCCUUUUGGAGCAGGGCAGGCUGGCUGCUGGCUCUACGAGGUUCUGUGCUGGCAUCCUGAGCACCGCCAGGCACUUGUCCAUCGAGCAGAAGAUGGCAGACUAUUCCAACAAACUCUACCAGCAGUUAGAGCAAGAAACGGGCAUCCAGACAGGUUACAUAAGGACAGGCUCGAUCUUUCUGGCCCAAACUCAGGACCGGCUGAUCUCCCUGAAGCGCAUCAACUCGAGGCUGAAUGUCAUAGGCAUCCCUUCUGAGAUCAUCUCCCCCAAGAAAGUCGCCGAACUUCACCCUCUCCUCAACGUGCACGACCUGGUGGGGGCCAUGCAUGUUCCCGAGGAUGCAGUGGUGUCCUCUGCUGAUGUGGCUCUCGCCCUGGCAAGUGCUGCCUCCCAAAAUGGUGUUCAGAUCUAUGACCGGACAAGCGUUCUUCAUGUAAUGGUCAAGAAAGGUCAGGUUACUGGUGUGGAGACAGAUAAAGGACAGAUCGAGUGCCAGUAUUUUGUCAACUGUGCUGGUCAGUGGGCAUACGAGCUGGGUCUGUCCAACGAGGAGCCGGUUAGUAUCCCGUUACAUGCCUGCGAACACUUCUACCUUCUGACUCGCCCCUUGGAGACCCCUCUGCAGAGCAACACACCAACUAUUGUGGAUGCUGAUGGAAGAAUUUAUAUCCGGAACUGGCAGGGUGGCAUCUUGUCUGGGGGCUUUGAGAAGAACCCGAAGCCAAUCUUCACUGAGGGCAAGAACCAGCUGGAGAUUCAGAAUCUGCAGGAAGACUGGGAUCACUUUGAGCCCCUGCUGAGUUCCCUCCUGCGGCGCAUGCCUGAACUGGACACUCUGGAGAUCAUGAAGUUGGUGAACUGCCCCGAGACCUUCACCCCAGACAUGAGGUGCAUCCUGGGCGAGUCUCCUUUGGUGCAGGGCUACUUUGUCCUGGCAGGAAUGAACUCUGCUGGCAUCUCCUUUGGUGGAGGGGCUGGGAGGUACCUCGCCGAAUGGAUGGUGCACGGUUAUCCCUCAGAAAACAUCUGGGAACUGGACCUGAAGCGUUUUGGAGCACUCCAGAGCAGCCGCACCUUUUUGCGCCACCGGGUCAUGGAAGUCAUGCCUCUGCUGUAUGACCUGAAGGUUCCCCGUUGGGACUUCCAGACCGGGAGGCAGUUGCGCACCUCUCCUCUCUAUGACCGGCUGGAUGCGCAAGGAGCCAGGUGGAUGGAGAAACAUGGAUUUGAGAGACCAAAGUACUUUGUGCCACCGGACAAGGACCUCCUAGCACUGGAGCAGAGCAAGACUUUCUAUAAGCCAGACUGGUUCGACAUCGUGGAAUCUGAAGUCAAGUGCUGUAAGGAGGCCGUGUGUGUCAUCGACAUGUCUUCUUUCACAAAGUUUGAAAUAACAUCCACCGGGGACCAGGCCCUGGAAGUUCUACAGUACCUCUUCUCCAAUGACCUGGAUGUGCCCGUGGGCCACAUCGUGCACACCGGCAUGCUCAACGAGGGCGGGGGCUACGAGAAUGACUGCAGUAUAGCGCGCCUGAGCAAGCGCAGCUUCUUCAUGAUUUCCCCAACUGACCAGCAGGUCCACUGUUGGGCCUGGCUUAAGAAACACAUGCCGGAAGAUAGCAACCUGCUCCUGGAGGACGUCACCUGGAAAUACACCGCCCUCAAUCUGAUUGGUCCUCGGGCUGUGGAUGUGUUGUCUGAGCUGUCCUAUGCUCCUAUGACUCCAGACCACUUCCCAAGUCUGUUUUGCAAGGAGAUGAGCGUGGGCUACGCGAAUGGGAUCCGGGUGAUGAGCAUGACUCACACAGGAGAGCCGGGAUUCAUGCUUUAUAUCCCCAUUGAGUAUGCCCUGCAUGUGUACAACGAAGUGAUGAGUGUUGGGCAGAAAUACGGAAUCCGGAAUGCUGGGUACUAUGCUCUUCGUAGUCUUCGAAUUGAGAAGUUUUUUGCCUUCUGGGGUCAGGAUCUAAAUACCCUCACCACCCCCCUGGAAUGUGGACGAGAGUCUCGGGUAAAACUGGAGAAGGGGAUGGAUUUCAUGGGCCGAGAUGCCCUGCUGCAGCAGAAGCAGAACGGAGUGUACAAACGCCUCACCAUGUUCAUCCUGGACGAUCACGACACAGACCUGGACCUCUGGCCCUGGUGGGGAGAGCCCAUUUACCGCAACGGGCAGUACGCGGGCAAGACUACCAGCAGCGCCUACAGCUACACCCUGGAGCGCCACGUCUGCCUGGGCUUUGUGCACAACUUUUCCGAGGACACUGGAGAAGAACAGGUGGUGACAGCAGAUUUCAUCAACCGGGGAGAAUAUGAGAUUGACAUCGCAGGACACCGGUUCCAGGCCAAGGCCAAGCUCUACCCAGUCACCUCACUCUUCACCCACAAGCGCCGAAAGGAUGACGUGGAGCUGAGUGACUUGCACGGGAAGUAAUGGCCGCCAGUCUUGCUUGCCCGCCUGCCCCCUACUGCAGGGCCCCUCCUCCUCCUGGUCCCGCUCUCAGCUCCUUGAUGGGAUCUUUAACCUCACCGGCUUUUAAACCUUUUGCUUUGCAACCUCUCUCCUUCUUCCCCCUUCCCUUAUCCCUUUUGCAGCCUCCAUCUGAUGCCACUCUGGGCUCUUCCCCCCCGAGCCCCGUGGUGACACGAAGCCUGACAGGCAGGACAGGCGCAAACUCCACUUUGGAAAUAGGUAACCAUGGCGGUCUGAUUUCUCCUGCUGUGUUUCAAAGCCAGGGAGGCUGGUGGUGUGCAGGCCUCAGGGCAAGAGUCCAGCUCCGUGAGGCCACCUUGCCCGGAGUAACCUGUUUGUUUUGGAGGGUUGCUGUGGGUUUCAGUCGGCCCUGGGCAAAAGCCUGUGCCGUUGAGCCGGGCAGAUCAUUCUCUUCCAUCGUGCCGUGGGUUGGCACCCUGAUACCUCUAGCAAGAGGAUGACCAUCUACCUCACUCACGAGAGGCGCCACGUGGACGUUACCUGGUCUGUAGUCAAUGGUUAAUCUGGCACCAUCCUGGCCUCCCUACCGACCCAGUUACUAGACUGUCAGGCCAGGGCCCCCUGCCUAAAAUUUUCAUGUCUCACUCAUUUCUCAGAGGGUUGGAGGCCUCUGUAAAUAAGCCAGUGUUUAAAAGGGAAAACCAUGUUGCCUUUUGUGUUGCUUUUCCCAGCUGAAAGGGUCUGAUCUCAGAAGGUGGCCCUGAGGUGGUUUUCUGCUGCUAGAAUGCUGCUGCUGCUCUAUGCUGUCGUCCCAGCCUGACCCCCCCCUUCCCCAAGCACAUGGGACUUGGUCUGUCCUCCCUCGCCUGGCCCAUUGUAGCCAGCUGGCUCGCUCAGCAACUAGUACUGUACUGGGGAGGAACCAAACCUUGCUGGCUGUGCUGAGUUCAGGAGAGCUGCUGGCCUCCCGAGUUUUGUUUCCUCUGGCCCAGAACAGACAUGUCCACGCAGAGGUGGCCCACCUGAGUGUGCAGAGGAUUUUUUUUUUGGCACAGAGGAUUCUGAGUGGGGUGGCCAGCUAGCCCACAGUCUGGGUCUCUAAUGGGAAAAGUGUGGGGGUGGGGGUAGGGGUACAAGAAGGCCCUCCACACUUUUAGGCGGGGUCUGUUUCCUAAGGGGUGAAAAACCAUCACAGACCACUACCCAGCCUUUGCUGUUACUGAUUUUAAACUGUUGUCUUGGUAUCUUAGAAGCAUUAGCUCUGAGAGAUCUUUAAGUAUCCUAAACAAGGGCCUUUUGUUUUUAGAGCAGCUUACAGUUCUCAGGUGUGUCUCUCUGCUGUGGCAUUUCUUGGGAUCAGUUUACCCACUUCAUCAGACAGAUUCCUUCUACACUCCCCAGCCAGACAAUCCCUACUUGAUCAUUGACAGCCGUGUCCGCUUUUUAAAGAAAGGCUUUAGUUGAUUUAUUAAGGGACUAGGUAGGUAGAGUUCUGUUUGCUGAGCGAUGCUCCUUGAGGUAGGGAGUAGCGAAGGGGAGAGGUGCGGCCCUGCUGGAGAGCAGAGGGCAGCCAUUGUGAUGAGCAGGAACCAGGCACCGGGCUGAGCAGCAGGGCCUCACUGACAAAGGAAGACGGAAACAGACAAUGAGGCACCGAAGGUAUCCCAUGCUCCGCACCACACUCCUCCUCGUAAAUAUUUGGGGUUGAAUCUAAAAGACCAUUCUAGACUUAUGUGUAAGUUACAUCUUGUCCAUAAAUAGGGGUCACACUUUUAAGACUCUGGCAAGAUGUUAAUUUUCUGAGGCAUCACUUUAGUGCCCUGACAUACACACUUUGCUUUUAGCUCCUUAAAACUCUCUCUUGAAAUCUCUUUUGGUUAAUUCAGGUAUUGACAAUAUGAAUCUGGUAGUUUCUCUCUUUGGUCCUAACACUGAAGAGGGUGACUCUCCUGUCUCCAGCAUAGCUGAUGGUCAGAACAUUGUCAUUGUCAUUCCAGCAGGGCCACAUGUGCUGGGCCUUGUGUGACACACACAUUUACCUUGUGUGACCGCUCAUCUCUUCCUAGAGAUUUGUGGGAUCUGGAUUCCUGAGAAUUGUCAGCAGGACUCUGGUUUCAGGUUGCUGGUCCUUUUUCUCUCUGAAAUAAUCCAUGGUCCCCUCUUGUGCUCUCUUCAGGCAAGGGUUCUGCUCUUUUCCUUUUGAACCUAGAAACACAAAGCGUAGGCAGGACCUGCGACAGUAGAGAGAACCAAACAAUUCCCACUACAUUUCUAGUGCUCUGCCGUGGUGGGGGCUGUACCCCCUAAUACAAGAGCUGCCAUUCAAGCCAGGGACCCAGAGACCAUGAAGCUCGGGGAUUAAUCUCAGUUGUCCCAUUUCUGCAGGAGGGGAGCCUGGUCACUUGGCUUCUCACCAGAAGUCCUGUUGUCCCGGGAUUUUACCUUCUUGUACAGACCAGUAGUUGGACCACUUUCUCCAUUACCUUGCCUCUGAGUGCGCCUGAGACAUUACCCCUACCACCAGCACGGAUGUGGCAGGAAUGACAGCAACUUUUGGAAGGUGGUUUUGCUUCACUGAAGAGCUCACCUACCACCCUGCUCUGUUCAUCCUCUGCCUGAGGGACACACAUGCUGGCAUCUGAGUGAGUCUUCCCCCUCCUCUGAGAACCUAAGGGAGAUAAAAGGGAAUCUUGCAUAACCUGUAGUCUUGGUUCUGCCCCUGGAAGGCUGUGUCCUGGUAGAACUGCACUGGCACACUUUCAGGGUGCGCUAGCAGGUUGACUUUUCUUUGUAGCUGCUUGGCCAGUAUAACUAGUAAGGAUCUCCUUACAUCCAAGAUGGAGGCUUGGUCACUAGUGCUUAAUACUGAAGAACUUUCUACUGUUUUCAUUUCUUUUUGUGCACCCCCUCUGCACCUGCCUCCCUCCCCAACUUGAUUUAAGCAGCUUUGAUCAGCAUGAUAAAGGGAAGAUUUUCAGGAGUCAAGAACUGUCCUCUGCAGGCACAAGGACUCAGGAGCACACAGCAGAGGGGUGGGAACCGUGGAGGACACGUGAGGGUGGAGGACACAGGAGUGUUACACGCUAGCCAUGCGCUGCUGGGGCUGGGAGCAGGCUCUGGGCCUGCCGGCAGCGCCUCUCCAGCAACCCCCACCUCAGCCUCAUUCACUUUAAGGUGCUGAGUUGUGAGGCUUCCUGUCACCUGUAUGGGGCUUGCAUUUGCAGUCCCUCAUCACUACAAAUGCACUAUUUUUCAAGAGAAUGAAAUAUUUUUCUAUGUGUUUGCCUUCUCUUUGUCCACUAAACAUCAGUUAUUCAUUGUAUAAUAUUCUUGACUUCUCUGAGUAAAGAAUCUACGUCCCUUAGAGAACGCAUUUCUUCAUGGGCUUGCUUUCUCAUUUAGAUGUACCUAUUUUGCCCUUCACAACCCUUUUCUGCCUUCUUGGUGUCCUGUCUCUCAAGGACAGAAAUUAGAAGAGGGUAGGGAGGGUAUUUUUAAUAUCCGUUUCAAAAGAUCUGUGCCAGAUUUCCUGUGCACACCAAGAACUGGAGAUCGGAGCACCUCUCUCCUAGCCCGGUUCUCGUGCCUUACCCCGGAAUGUCCCAUGGUGGGGUGUAGACAGGAAGGUCGAAAAGAAACUCCAAUCUGAGGGCUCCCAUCCACUGCACCAUAACCUCCCUUCCCUAGACCAACAGGUGUGGGGUAGAAAGUUUCUGAGGCUUCUUUCACUCAAGGGGUUUCUAGCAGCACAGUUACCACUUUACUCUCUGGUCUACUCUUGGGAUAUAAGAAAUGCCAUUGUAAUUAUUGUACAGGGCUGUAACUCCUUUAUGUUUGUAAAUGUGCGGUCCACUCAGCCCCUCUCUACACAUGUAGUGUCAGCUUGUGGUGCUGAAGAUAUUUGAGGCACUUUAGGGGAUGGGAUUUUUCUCAAGAGCUCUGGUGACUUUAGGCAUCUGGGGUGACUGAGCAUUUCUGCCUCCACGAAUGCGGUAUUAACAUUGUGCACUGUGUUUCUAUCAAGCCAGAUUCCAAUUCAGAUUUCCAUGUUACUAAGUUUGUAAAUGAAUAAAUAGACAUUUUAAUUACUC